AUGGUGUUUGCUGCAAUAGUUGCUGGCCUUGUGGCGCUUUUAGCGGUUGAGCUUUCCAGCGGGGCCGUAGGAGGAGGAACCAGUAGUAAUAGCAGUGGGUUUGAUCUGCCCCCACAGGCUGUGUUCAUCGAUCCGCUUUCAUUCAAUGUCAUUGGCGCGAAUGGCACCUUCCGCAAUGAUUCAGAACUCUUCAAUCCAACGGGAACUUCACCACCAUUUUUCCAAGCCUUUUCGCAAGGCUUUCUUGAUGUUCUCGGCCCGAAUGCGUCAAUUCGACUUAUAGCUGAAAAUUCAACAUUUGCAUUUGCGCAUGAGGCGCCUAUUUGGGUACCAUCAACCAAUGAACUGUUUUUUGCCAGCAACGAUGGUGGAGCACUUGGAAUGAGCGACAUCGAUCACAACAACCAAGUCUCGAGAAUUAACUUGAGUGACCCAGCGAUUGCUAGUGGGGGUACAAUAAACUACACGAUGGUGCCGCUGUCGGACGUUGUUCAAAUGGACAAUGGCGGUACGCCUUUCCGUGGGCAGAAUUUGCUUGUCACUUCGGGCCGUGGGCCGCUUCCACCAAGUGUCGUACUUGUUGACCCUCAUCCUCCCUUUAACUCGACCGUGCUGCUCGACAACUUCUUUGGCCGCCAGUUCAACUCUCUGAAUGACGUAAAAAUCCACCCAACAAGCGGGAAAAUCUUCUUCACCGACGUUACGUAUGGCUUCCUGAAUCAUUUCCGUCCUGCGCCCCAGCUUCCGAAUCAGGUGUACCGAUUUGAUCCCGACACUGGGGCCCUUCGAGUCAUCGCCGAUGGCUUCGACAGAUGUAACGGCAUUGCGUUCUCUGGCGAUGGGCAGACGGCGUUUGUUACGGACACAGGCUUUAAUGGCGGCUUCCUCGGCAACAACCAAACGGACCCGGCAACGAUUUAUGAAUUCGACGUUGAUCCUAACUCCCAAGUAUUCAAGAAUCGCCGCGUCUUUGCGUACAUCGAUAAUGGCGUUCCCGACGGUAUUCAAGUCGACACACAGGGCAGGGUAUACUCUGGAACGGGCGACGGCGUGCAGGUUUGGAGCCCCGACGGCGAACUGCUGGGCAAGUUCUUCCUCGGCACAACGUCUGCGAACAUGGCCUUUGCUGGCCCAGGUCGCCUUGUGAUCCUGGCAGAGACAGCGAUAUAUCUCGCCCAAAUUGCAGCAAACGGCCUUCCUCUCGAAGACUUCGGAUUCUAG